AUGGCGGACAAAUUGGACCGCAGCCUUGACGAGAUCCUCGGUGAAAAGAGGCAUGACGGCUCUCGCAACCGCCGCGGAGGCGGCGGAGGUGCUCCUCGUAGACGUGAACGCGAACGUCAGGAAUACCCCCGCGAUGGCGUCAGAAAGGUUGAAAGAUCCUCCCUCACCCUCAUCCCGGUCGGCAUCGAUUCUAUCGCAGCUGUCCGCGCUGAACGGCCCGUUGAAGACCGGGAGCGUCUUUCCGCGACGAACCUAGAAACCUCGACAGCGAAUGGGUUCACGAUCGGUUUGAAGAACAUGAUACCCGUCGCGGCCCAGCCCCGCGACGAAGACGCGACGAACCGGAACAGAGGUAGCCUCACUGUGAACAGCAGUUACAGAGCUAUGCUGACCUCGUAUCGCAGAGAUUCUAGCAGCGCAAAGAUUCGUGUCGAGAACAUCCAUUACGAACUUACUCCGGAGGAUUUGGAGGAGCUCUUCAACAGGAUCGGACCUGUCGCCAAGCUGGAUCUCAAGUAUGAUCGAGCUGGACGCUCGGAGGGUGUUGCCUUUGUUACGAUGGAGUCCCGCGAGGAUGCUCUGGAGGCGGUUAAGGAAUUUGACGGCGCCAACGCCAACGGCCAACCUAUCAGGUUGUCGAUCAUGCCUGGUGGACCUGGGCCCCGAUCUCGAAACCCUUUCGACUCAGCAGUGAUGCCGGGCCGUCCCCUGGCCGAACGUAUCUCUGCUCCCGGCGGCCGAUCCAGAUCAUUGUCGCCUGGGCGCCAAUACGACGUCGAUGAAGCUGCCAGCAGGGGAAUUGACAGAUACAUACCCGGGGGACGCUCCAGAAACCGCUCGCGCAGCCCCAUGCCCCGACGACGUGGCGGUAACGGCGGCGGUCGUAGACCUGGCGCUCGCAGGGAAGGGGGAGGCAGAGACGGAGGUAGAGACGGAGGUAGAGACGGGGGGAGAGAUCAAGACGGCGGAAGAGGGGGCCGCUCUGGCAAGGACGGGCGCACUCGAAAAACCCAAGAAGAACUGGAUGCCGAAAUGGCAGACUACUUUGGUGGAGAAAACUCGGGUGAGACUGCGCCUCAGGCGAACGGCGGCGGCGCCGCUGCCGCCGCUGUACCCGCUACGCACGAUGAUAUCGACAUGAUCGAGUAA